CGCCCCGGUGGCUCCUAGCUCUGCCCUACUGCUGAGUCCCAUCUGCCUCCUUCCCGAAGGCUACCGUGUUUGGGGCCAGGUUUGAGUUUCCCUUGCCAACAUCUCGUAUGUUGGGUGAUGAAUAAAAUGGCAAUAGCAAGCGCCGCGUUUUUCUUCUUCAGCUUGGUAUCUGAUGUUGAAUAUAGCUCAGCUUUGGAUAUAUACUGUAGAAUAGUUCGAAUAUAUCCCAGUAGCCAAUAUUGAGCUUAAAAGUAUUCUGAACUUUCAAGCAAAUGAGGAACUGGGAACAAUUUAAGCAUCAUAAGCAAAUGAAGCUUUUCCUGAAAUUGAUGCAAAUUGGGAUUGGUAGCUUUUGAAGAGGUGUCCUUGCUUUUCACCGAGGAGGGGUGCGUCCGGCUGGAUCCAGGCCAGAGAACUCUGUACAAGGAGGUCGCAUGGGAGAUUCAUGUGAUGGCAACUUCUCUGGGAGAUCUCCAGGGUUCACAGAAGUGUCACUGGGAUCAUCUGAGGAGCAGAAGGAGGAGUGGGAAUUGGGGAGACAAGAUGAAGCAAAGAGACAAGAGGGGAGACAAAUGCAAAAGCCAGGGGAUGAAUCCAGUGCUUCUCAAGGUGCUGAAAAUAAAAUUCAAAGGAACAUUCAUUACUUAAAGGAAACAAGAAUGUCUCCUGAGGGCAGUAAAAACAUAAAUGGACAGAAACCCUUGAGUACCUAUUGGAGAAAGCAUACAAGAAAGAAACUGCAUAAAUGCUUAAAAUCUGGGCACACAGGGGACAAACCUUAUAAAUGCCUGGAGUGUGGAAAGAGCUUCUAUGGUAAUGGAGCCCUUAAUGUGCAUCAAAGAAUUCAUACAGGGGACAGGCCUUAUAAAUGCUUGGAGUGUGGAAAGAGCUUCAGUCAGAGUAGCACAUUUUCUAGACAUCAAAGAACUCAUACCGGAGACAAACCUUAUCAAUGCCUGAAGUGUGGAAGGAGCUUUAGACAGAAUGGAGCCCUUACUGUGCAUCAAAGAAUUCAUACAGGGGAGAAACCUUAUCAGUGCUUGGAGUGUGGAAAGAGCUUUAGAGGGAAGGGAGCCCUUACAGUACAUCAAAGAACUCAUACAGGAAACAAACCUUGUAUAUGUUUGGAGUGUGGAAAAGGUUUCAGUCAGAGAGGCACACUUUUUAGACAUCAAAGAACUCAUACAGGGGACAAACCUUAUCAGUGCUUAGAGUGUGGAAAGCGCUUCAGUGAGAAUGGCACCCUUACUAAACAUCAAAGGACACAUACAGGGGACAAACCUUUUGAAUGCUUGGAGUGUGGAAAGCACUUCAGUUACAGUAAUUCUCUUACUCUGCAUCAAAGAACUCAUACAGGGGACAAACCUCAUAAAUGUUUGGAGUGUGGAAAGAGCUGCAGUACGAGUAGUGCACUUACUUCACAUCAAAGAAUUCAUACAGGGGACAAACCUUAUCAAUGCUUUGAGUGUGGAAAGAGCUUCAGUGACAGUGGCACCCUUACUAAACAUCAAAGAACUCAUACAGGGGACAAACCAUAUAAAUGCUUAGAGUGUGGAAAGGGCUUUACUCGGAGUACCUCUGUUACUUUACAUCAAAGAACUCAUACAGGGGAGAAACCUUAUAAAUGCACGGAGUGUGGAAACAGCUUUAGUCAGAAUGGCAAUCUUCAGGCACAUCAAAGAAUUCAUACAGGGGACAAACCAUAUAAAUGCUUACAGUGUGGAAAGUGUUGCAAUACAAAUAGUGCCCUUACUUCACAUCAAAGAACUCAUACAGGGGAGAAACCUUAUAAAUGCUUGGAGUGUGGAAAGAGCUGCAGUACAAGUAGCGCCCUUAGUGCACAUCAAAGAACCCAUACAGGGGAGAAACCUUAUAAAUGCUUGGUGUGUGGAAGGAGCUGCUGUACGAGUGACACCCUUAAUGUGCAUCAAAGAACUCAUACAGGGGACAAACCUUAUAAGUGCUUGGAGUGUGGAAAGAGCUUCAGUCAGAGUAGCACAUUUCAUAGACAUCAAAGAACUCAUACAGGGGACAAACCUUAUCGCUGCUUGGAGUGUGGGAAGAACUUCAGUCAUUUCCACCAAUUUACUUCACAUCUAAUUACUCAUGUAGGGGACAAACCUUAAUGCAUGGAAUGUGGAGAGAGCUUCAGUCAGCAUGGCCACCUUUUUGCACAUCAAAGGAUCCGUACAGGGGGAAAGCUGUAUAAUGUCUGGAAUGUGGAGCUUUAGUGUUGCACCCUUGCUACUCAUGAAAAAAAUGCACUCUGUGGAAUGCCAUAUAACUGUACAGAGCGUGGAAGGAGUUUCAUUUAGCAUACCUGCUGCUGUUGUUGUUUAUUGUUAUAUGCCUUCAAGAAAAAUUACGACUUACGGCCACCCUAUGAAUCAGCUACCUGUAAUAGCAAUACCUGUUGUAUUUUGCAUCAAAUAAUUCAUAGGAGGAAAUGGCUUGACAUUCUUCUUCCAUGUUGAAGGAUUAUUAAAAGGGAGAAACCAUAACAUACUGAAAGAGUAGAAAGAGCUUCAGUCGUAGACUAUUUUAGACAAGCAUCAAAACCUCUGUACGAAGAAGAGGCAUAAUAGUUGAUUUUCAAAUUGUAAAAACUUUGGCCAUUCACCUCUCAUUCCACCCCCCCUAUAAAUGCCUCUAGCAGAUUCCUUUUAACGAUUCCUUCAACUGAUUUGGUCUCUUGGGAAAGCUGCAGUGAAGCUUAUUACUGUGCUCAGCUUCGGGGGCAAAUUGGUGUGCAUAGUGAAGGUGAUGUGGAAUGAAAGAGCUGUGGAGUGGAAUGGAAGAAAAACUGGUCAAGAAAUUUAUGCCUAAUGUGGGCCCGAAUGCCUGCAUUGAGGGCAGAAAUGUUUUCCUUCCUGUAUUGUGAGAAGCAGAAAUGCUCCAAGGGGACUUUUGUGAGUCUCCCUGUACCCUCACAAGGCUUAGGAUCAUCAUCUAGGAGAAGAUGCACUGACUAGGAGGGAACAGAAAACCAGACAAAUCUGUUUGUUGUUAAGACCAAUAGGAUAUACUUUAAUUUGUGGUUCCAAAAUGCAAUAAAUUAGUGAGUUACGUUUAAAUGAAGUUGAUUGGACAUGUUCCAAUGCAAAAAAAAUCUUAACGAAUGCAUAGAAUGGUGAUGUUGAAUAAAAUGCCUGGUGAGAGGAGCUUCUGUAGUCUGGGUGCAAAUUUUGCUUUUAUGCUCUAUCAUCCGAAGUGUCAAAGAUCUUGAAGUCUGUCCCACACACCACUUGGAACAAGAACACGUCAUGAGAUAAACUACAUGAUCUGAAUUACAACUGGUGAAUGAUCUCAGAACAUGUUAUUGACAGGGUAAUAAGGCUUAGGGUCAUGUCAGGCCCUAGAAUGACGGAAACACGGGUGUUUUGUCCCGUGACCUGUCAUUUACCAAUACAGAAGGGAACAUUUAAUAAGGAAAAGUGAGGUGAGAGAAAAAGAGAAAUCGGAAUGCAGAAAAGUUGGAGUAUCUGUGGAGAUCAAAAGAAGACUAUACUCACUGCUAGAACUCACUAUUCUUAUUUGUUUUAGAGCACCUGAACCCUGCUCUUCAGCCAAAAAGGCUCCCAGAGCAGUUUAGAUACAAUCAAUUAGAUACAGUUCCUGCCCACAGGCUUACAAUCUAAAACAAUAACACACGAGGGAAGAGAGAAAAAGAAAACUCAGGCACCAAUUCUUCAAUAGUAAUACUUUGCUUCAUUAUAUUUUUGCAUUAACUCCAGGUUCUUCUACUAGAUUUUUGGUUGUUCUGGGGCCUUUUCAUCCCAGCUUGGCUUUUUCCUUCUCUUUCAGAGGAGAAGGGAUUUCUUGGUGUGAACCUGUCCCUUCUUCAGUUUUGAGGCUGUUUGUGGCCAGUCUCCUCUAAAUCAGUCAUUUGGGACUGAAACUUUGGCUCAUAAAAACUUUGAGCAGAUAUUACUUUUAUAGUGUUCAUACACAUACGUUUCUUGUUUUAAUAUCUCUUCUUAAUCCCAGGUGAGGUUUCUAUUUUGCUUUUUCAUUUUUUCCAACCCUUCCCCUUCAUCUCUGUUCUUCUGGAUCCAAUCCAUAGGACCCUGGUCAGCUGGUCCUUUGAAUCCCUGCGUGGAUAGGUAGCUAUCCUAUUCUGUCUUUUAAUAGUGAGGAUGAAUGCUUAAUAUAACUGAUGCGAAGCAAAGCUGUACCUACUUUGGACUGAUGGAAGGAGGUAAAUGAAAGUAGAAUUGCAUAAUAGUUGAAAUUAUCACUAGCUUUGCAUGCCAUAAUAAUUGUUUGGAAGAGUUAAGUGGAACACUGUUCUUCUGAGCAGAGAGAUUUAUAUAUCCAUAUUCUAUUUUUUUUCAAGUAAUAAUUACUUGCAGCUGGUGAUUCUUAUUUCUCUCUUCCCCAAGGUUCAAUAAUGUGCUGUGACUUUCUCUUUAAUGUUAUCAUGCUCCUAUCUUUGAUUGACUGAAAUGCAUUUGCUGAUAUUUUCCUGAUUUAUUUAAAGUAAAUCUUUCCAAAGGGAGUAUAGCCUUUCAGAUCACUCCUGGUAACUGAUGAAAGAACUCCCACAGGACAGGAGCUGAAUUAUGUCACUGCUGCAGCUGAGGGAAUCUUCAGGUGGAAGUCCUUCCUGUUGGGAUUGCCUGUCUCCAGGAAAAAACGGGAAAUGUGAUCUAGCUACCGUCAGAGCCAGGAUAUGAGGAGCAGGGCCUAGUCAGUGUUAGUGCCACAGCCUGAUGACUUUCUUCCCUACCUCAUUCUGUAAUCUGUGGCCAUCCAGAUAUUGUUUGUCCCCAACUCCAGCCAGCCUUGUCAGCAUGGCCAGUGUUCAGGGAGGAUUGGUGGGGGGGCUAAUCCAGCAACAUCUGGAGUGCCACAAAGUCCCCAUCCCUGACAGAACUAAUGAAUAUAUACACACUUAAAAACCCUAUUCAUAGGGUAGCCAUAUGCUGGGAUCAACUUGAAGGCAGUCCAUUUUCAUUUUUUCAAUUGACACGUAAAAAUGUUUCUGGCUUCCAAGUUGUAAAAAAAAUGCUCUGAACAUGUGAUAGGUCUGUUAAGCUCCAUUAAAAUGUUUUUUGGCAACAUUUUGUUUCUAUGUUAAGUAGUCUGGGCUGAUAAUGUUUUAACUGCUUUUCGCCUCUUAUGCCUGAAUGCUCUUU